AUGGGUUGGUAACAAUGUGUCAAUUGAAAACCAUUAAAGAAAAAAAAAACUUUUACAUCCAAAGUUCUGUGUCUCAUACACUCCAAUUUCAAAGCCGACGACGUAAUUUACCUUUCAUCCCGUGCUUGGUUGCUCCGACCGCCACCGAUCACCACCGAUUGCACAGCCGUACGAUCACUGGAACACCUACGUUUCUGUUUACCGAUCACCAAUCGCACCGAUAAAUGUCUGCAAGAAGACAUGGGUCACCACCAUACGGAAGCCGGUCAACCCAAGCUCCGGGGAUGAUGCGCCACGGUUUAUACCCUGUGGGCCACCACUCCAUAGACCCACAUCACUCUGAGCACGGUGACAGCAAACUAUCGGCUCAGCCAACCGAACUAGAACGGCUAGCAAGUGACAACCAGCGACUCGCAACCACUCACGUAGCCUUACGCCAAGAACUGGUGGCCACAACACAAGAUAUUCAAAAACUCAAGGCCCACAUCGGAACCAUCCAGACUGAAAGCGACAUUCAGAUACGAUCGUUGUUGGACAAGAUUUCGAAAAUGGAGGUAGAUCUUCAGGCUGGCGAGAACGUGAAGAAAGAACUUCAGCGGGCCCACACUGAGGCCCGAGCUCUGGUGAUUACUAGACAGGAACUGCUUGGUCAGAUUGAGAAGUCUGGUCAAGAGUUGAAGAAGAUACGUGCUGAUGUGGAAAAAUUGCCCGAUCUGCAGAUUGAACUUGAUGGCUUGAAACAAGAACACCAGAAAUUACGGUUGAUUUUUGAGCAUCAAAAGCGCUUAAACGUGGACAAAGUGGCACAAUUGGAAGUAAUGGAUAAAGAGCUUGUGGGGAUGGCAAGAGAAGUUGAGAGGUUACGGGCCGAAAUUUUGACUGCUGAAAAGUGGGCAACUGCACCAAACAUGUAUUCCGGGCCCUACAUGAACCCUCCUCCUCCUCAUCCUCCGAUGCACGCGAGUAGCGGCAGCUAUGUUGAUGGGUAUGGAAAUUAUCAUCAUGUUCCAGUGGGUGUUGGUGGUGCCGGAGAGGGAAUGGUUCCUUAUGGUGGUGGUCAUCCGGGUGGCGGUUCUCAGUGGGGAACACCACAAAUGGUCCCCUAUGGUGUAGCUCCCCCUUCACGCGGCAGGGGAGGACCACCACCACCGUAUAACAACUCUAGAACCUGAACAGAAACAGAAACAGACCAACUGCAAUUUAGGUUUUUUUUCCUUUUGGUUCACAUACAUGUGCCUUGAUGAUGUCACCCCACCCAACAACUUAUUAAGUGUUGUAGAAGGCUUAGAUUUUACUAAAGUGGGGAGUUAGUUUCUUUUUUUUUUUUUGGCUUAGUAUAAUAUAUUGGCUUGCUGAUUGCCUUAUGAUUUGUCCUUUCAUGUAGCGAUGAUGGUGUACUACUUAUGUGCUCCUUCACCAGGUCGGUGCUAGUGGGGAUUUCCGCGAUUGUUCUUUAA